CUAGUCGAGACUCACCUGAUGGAAAAUAGAUGCAGAGACCUCUAUCAACUCUGGCUUCUCGGCAACCUUGGGCUCCCAGACUAGCAACAUACUCGCCAUACCGAUCCUAGCUUGAAGCUUAUGCUGCGCUAAUCAAAAGAGGAAACCGAGCCACAGCCAAACUAAGAAACACAAUUCCCGCGCCAAUCCUGCUCCUAUGUUCUCUAAAGCGGAUUGAUCAGAGUAUACUGCAGGCCUUAUAAAUACCAACCAGUGCUCCGAUGGCAGACUCAAAACUCGCCUUCUUUCCCUUUCAUCUCAAACAACUCUCAAUAGCCAGCAACAAUGUCACAAGACAAGAAGAUCGUCUUCAUCACAGGGGCCAACACGGGCCUUGGCCUUGAAAUAGUCAAGGCGUUGCAUAAGAGUACGCAAUCAUACGAUAUCAUCUCUGGUAGUCGGCUUGUCAGCAAUGGUGAAGCCGCCGUUGCAGCGGUGCAACAAGAAAUCCCAUCUUCUUCCAGCAGCCUCAGCGUAGUCCAAUUGGACCUUGCCUCGGAUGAGUCCAUCAAGAAAGCUGUCGAGAAGAUUGAAUCAAGAUUCGGCCGGCUAGAUGUCUUGGUCAACAAUGGUGGCGCAGGCUUUGACGGAGCUCUCAGAGAUGGCCAGCUGAGCAUCCGGGAGGCGUGGAACAAGUCGUGGGAUACCAACGUCGCCGGCACUCAAGUACUCACGAGUGAAGCAAUUCCACUGCUGCUCAAGUCAGAACAGCCACGACUGAUCUUCAUCACAAGCGGCACGUCUGCGUUAGCCUUCACCGAGAGAUUUGAUCACCCUGCGCUACAGCGCAUCAACGCCUCGCCAGCACCAGGUUGGCCCAAGCCAAAAGAAAUCAAUCCUAUCGAGUCAUAUCGGAGCGCAAAGACUGGACUCAACAUGAUGAUGAGACAGUGGCACCGGAUUUUACUCAAUGAUGGAGUAAAGGUCUGGGCUGUAUCGCCAGGAUUUCUCGCAACUAAUCUCGGGAACGUUGGGAUUGAGCAGAUGAAAAAGAUGGGAGCGCGAGAUCCUUCAGAGGGUGGCAAUUUUGUCAAAGGUGUCAUUGAAGGGGAACAAGACUCGGAAGUCGGAAAGGUGGUCGGCGCUACCGGUAUCCAAAUUUGGUAAGACAGCUCAGCAUUCUUGUUAUAGCUUCUAGAACGUGAGAUGAUAUCAAUACUUCCUGCUUUGAGUCCUCUAAAUACCGAGUUGGGCCAUCUUGUAAUCUCACCAUCCAUACUGAUUU